GAUUUUCAAGUUGCAUUUCCUACUCACGUAUUUCUAUGAAUCCGUGCGAGAAAGUGUGCAUAUUUCUUGAUUUUGAUAAAAAUAUUCAAGUCAAACAAAAUUGUAAGCAGUUUACAGUUUUGUUCAGGGUAAUUAUUAAUUAUUCCUGUAAUUCCUCAAAGAUACCAGCGGAAGUUCGUAUACAAUUCGUAGUGGUACGGAACACAACGAACCGUUAUAUAAAUUCACAAACACUGGUGUAGAUCAGGGUAGUGUAGAAAACAUCCGUGAAAACUAAUGAAACUGUAAUUCAAUAAUACGAAAAUACGUUUCUAGGUGUUGGCUAGAGGCUGAUCAAAUGGUACCAACUAUAAAUAUGAAGUAAACAGCAUCAUCAACAUGAAAAUAGACAGAUCAAGAGUACGCAAGGGUACUUCUGAUGUACCCUUGGAAUGCCAACAGCUGAUUGAGCGUCUCCAGAAUUGCUCGCGUACUGAACUGUUAGAUGAGCUAUCUAGAAUUCACACUUGGACCUUCGGAAAGUGUGAAUUGCUGCACUGGGCAUCUGUCCUCGACAUUUUUGACAAAAUUUUGGGACAGGCUGCUGAGCGAGCAGCAGACAAUAAAUACAUCCUCAAAUGUGAUACUUACAAUGAGCAGGAAUUCCAGCUGCUAAUAUGCAUCCUUCGAUUCACAAGUUUGCUCAUAGAGCACUCAUUCUCACGACACCUCUAUAAUUCGAUGGAACAUCUGUUGGUUCUGCUAGAAGCCAACGAUAUGACUGUCGUCCUAGAAGUUCUAAAUUUACUGUACAUGUUCUCCAAAAGAAGCAACUUUAUUACUAGACUUAAACCUGAUGAGAAAGAAUGCCUUUUGUCAAGACUGCAGUAUCUAGCGGAGAGUUGGGGAGGAAAAGACAAUGGCUUUGGUUUAGCCAGAUGUUGCUUAGCAGACCAAGACAUUCCUCCAUCUGCAACCACAUUACAUGUCGAAUUUCACAAAGAAGAAGACUCUAAAACGGUAAAAAAGGAUGUGAAGCCAAUCCAAGGAGCUUCUAAAGAUGAGAAACAGGCUGACUCAAAAGUGGGCACUCCCAACUUAUAUAUUAUACAUAUUGAGCAUAUUGAUAAGCUACACAAAACUGCUGCUGAGAUUAUGAAGUCUCUCACCAGCAUGUAUUACGUACCCGAAGAUAAAGAAAUAUGGCUAUUCACUCACGUAAGGCUAGCCACCCACUUCGCCGAUUAUCGGAACAGGCUAAAGAACGUCCAAGCACGUCUCCAAGCACUAUCAGUGUUGGUGUAUUCUAACGCAAUACAAGAUUCACCAGCAAAUCUUUUAUACAAUGGCAUCCUAGAAGAAUUAGUUGAAGUAGUUGAAUUGCAAGAUCCGAAUUUGACUGAUAUAAAAUGCGCUGCAUUAAGGACACUUACAGCUAUAAUACAUCUAGAUCGCAACCCGAAUGUGUCAAAUCGACGACCUGGAGCAAGACUGAACAGCAUAAUAGAUGUAACUGGUGCUAGUCAAUAUCACGGAUUUCUUCCCGUUUUGGUACGAAACUGUAUUGCAUCCCUAACAAAUCAAGGUGAUUGUGGCCAAAACGCCUUCAGGAAGAUGAAGCUUCAAGACGAAGCCACUACUGAAAAUGCACCCAGUACUACCACAGAACCUGAUACUCCGCCACCAAGCACGACUGCUAAAGACUUGAUGGACGUCGAAACUGAUGAUCCUAAGGAUGAUUCUACCAGCCAUGAAACCAAAUUUCCAGUUUGCCUGACCACCUCACUGUUCUCCUUCCUAUAUCACCUCGCGAGUUACGAGGCAGGAGGAGAAGCACUUGUUUCUUGUGGAAUGAUGGAAUCAUUGCUCCAGGUUAUCAACUGGCAAGGAUAUGAGCUGGACCAUAUUACGUUUGUGACGCGUGCUGUAAGAGUGAUUGACCUUAUCACAAACAUUGACAUGGCAGCCUUCCAAAUGCAUGGAGGGUUGCAUAGCUUCAUCAACAGAUUGGAUACUGAGGUAAACCUAUGUAAGAAGGAGCAGCUUUACCAAAUAAAAUCCUCGACAACCGAGCAAGCUGUUGAUGAUGGAACUACCAGCCCUUCUCAAGACAAUACUGAAGAAUCCAAUACCGUUGAUUUAGAAUUGAUACCCGAGAAUGCAGACAAAACUUGCCUUCCGCAAAGAGCAGCACUUCUAAAAUCCAUGCUUAACUUCUUGAAAAAAGCUUUCCAAGACUCCAUUUUCGCGGAGAGCAUUAGACAUCUGAUGGAAGGCACAUUGCCAAAUUCUUUGAAGAAUAUAAUUGCAAAUGCUGAGUAUUAUGGUCCGUCACUGUUCUUGUUGGCCACAGACGUAGUCACUGUCUAUGUUUAUCAAGAACCAGCUUUAUUAUCGACACUACAAGAUAAUGGUCUCACAGAUGUUGUGCUACAUUCCUUAUUGGUCAAAGAAAUCCCAGCUACUAGAGAGGUUUUGGGAUCCUUACCUAAUGUCUUCAGCGCCUUGUGCUUGAACAACAGGGGACUAGAGUCUUUCGCGAAGUACAAGCCUUUUGAAAUUCUAUUCAACAUACUAUUGUCUCCAAACUACCUACCGGCAAUGAGACGCAGACGAAGCUCUGAACCAACAGCUGAUACAGCUUGUAACCUCGGUAGUGCUAUGGACGAACUGAUGAGGCAUCAACCAAGCUUGAGGCAAGAUGCCACUUUAGCUAUCAUAAAGCUGCUUGAGGAGUUAGUGGUGCUAGGUACUGACCCACAGUAUGUAUGUUGGAGACCACAUAGCAAGUCAGAGGUGUCUCCUUCUAAUAAUACAAGAUCGCCAGCAAAUACAGAGGGAUCUUCAGAUGAAGAGGAAGAUGACGAGGAAGAGACGUCUACUUCUUCCCAGAAUGCCCAAUCUGAACCGCAGGCGCAGGCUUCAUCGUCAAGCAAUAGCACGAGAACACCAGUUGCUUUGAUUGAAUACAUCCUGAACGCGAUGAAGUUUAUAGACGCCAUCUUGAGUAACAAUUCGACGGACGACCACUGCAGAGAAUUUGUCGAAAAAGGCGGGUUGAGUCCACUAUUGAAAAUCCUUGGAUUACCGAAUCUGCCAGUAGACUGUCCAGUCACCAAUCCGGCUCAAGCUGUGGCCACAGUCUGCAAAAGCAUCCUGAAUCUUGCCCAUGAGCCGUUCUUGUUCAGCCAAGGUCUGACACAACUGGGAGAAGUUCUGGAAACCCUCAAGCCACUAUAUACCAAACAAGAGACACCAGGAGGUUCCAAGUUGCUUCUCGAACUCGCCAGCGCAUCCGACAUUGAAAGUGCGUUCAGUAACGCAGCCGCAACACCACUGCUUCAUGCGAUGAAUGCUGCUCAUGGAUAUGUAAUUAUGUUUGUCCAUAUCUGCAGAACUGGACAGACCGAAAUCAGGAACCUCUCUCUUCAACACUGGGGAUCCGAUUCAGGCAUGCAGGUGCUCAAGGGACUUGCAGACCUGUAUACGUCUUUGGUAUGGGAAAGUACUUUGCUCCUGGCAUAUUGCAGUGACGACCUGCUACCUACUGACUGUGAUUUUACCCGAGAGGAUAUAGAGAAGCUUAAUGCCUUUUUUGAUCGGUGCGAACAAUCGACUGCCGGAGUUGACUGUGCAGGUACCGUAGCUUCUGCAAUGGAGGCCCUAUCCACAAAUCCUACGCCUUUGACCAUGGACGUUGACGGCGAAGGAGCGGCAACCAUCAACACCAACCGCAAUUUGAAGUACAUCAAACCAUUAUUAGGUGCUUCAUCUAGAUUAGGUAGAGCCCUAGCAGAACUGUUUGGUUUGCUGGUCAAACUGUGCGUUGGAUCACCCAUUCGCCAAAGAAGAGGCCAAAACAUGGUUGCAGCACCUCCGAUCCCAUCCAACUAUGCCAGAAACGUAGCCACAGCGUUGAACGAACUUCUAGCCGAAGGCUUGGAUUGCGAUCGCCUUCCACCAUGCCCAACAGCCAAAUGUAGACUUACCUUCCUGAUCUGUAGCGUCGGAUUCACAAGUCCGAUGCUCUUUGAUGAACGCAGAUACCCCUACCAUCUUAUGCUGAAGAAGUUCGUCAGUCUAGGUGGUCUCUCCAUAUUCUUCAAAACGUUCAAAUGGGCAAUCAACGCCGGAAAGAAGGAGGGAGAUCCUAAGGCAAUCGACCACAGUUCGCUACCUGAGGGUACGUUAGGCUUUUUGGAUGCCUGGCUGACACUCCUAGAGAAGAUGGUAAAUCCAAAGGCAAUCUUGGAAUCUCCACACAUGAUCUCGAGUCGCCCUAUCGCUUACAAUUUUGACCCAUUGAAUUACUUGCGCCACAUUCACAGUGCAGCAUUUGAAUGUGUAAUGCUUUUAUGGGGAAUAUCGCCAUUGCCGAACUAUGGAGCUAGAACAACAGAUACUUUACUCACUAUUCUAAGGCACAUCUUCCGAGGGGAGAAGAUAAUCAAGGAUAAAAUGAAGACCGACGAGAAGUCAGACACAGCUAGUAGCUCUGCUGCCGCUGGUACAUCAGCCGCUGCAGGUUCCAGCGGAAACAGUGGCAGUAACUCCAACUUCAGAGAUUUGGAAGACAGAUUGUUGGACCUGAGACAAUUGAUGGAUAUGGGCUUCUCAAGAGAGCAUGCCAUUGAGGCUUUGUUACACUCUCAUAAUUUGGAACAAGCUACUGACUAUAUCCUAUCUAAUCCUGCGCCAAUGGCGAGAGUUUCAAUGGACGUUGAAGAGGAUGACCAAGUUUUGCAGGCUAUUGCAAUUUCGCUUGGUUGCACUAACACUGAAAAUAAAGACAACUUGGACGAGACAGAAUCAUAUGAAUCCCUGAUAGAUGAGUUCACAAACCACGCUUUGGAUGUGUGUCUAAAGCUACUCGAAGUCAUUCCUGAGACAGUCCAUAAAGUAUGCGAAUUGCUGGUAACGAUAAUGAAGAGAAAUGGAAGAGUAUACAGAGAUAGCCUGCUAGAUACUCUGAUCUCCAAGAUACAGGAAUGUAUAGCCGAUAUUUCAUUUUGCACUCUGGAACAAGAAGCUAACGUUAUGAGUUAUUAUACAAUGGUAGAUUCUGACCCUGCCAAAUGUAUGUCCGACUAUGUCCAUUUGUAUAUACUAUUCUUCGAAGUUUCAUCCUACUUUGACAUGAAAAUACCAUGUGGCUACGCUAUACACCGAGCUGGGUUACUAGAACCUUUGAUAGAAUUAUUAUGCUGUGCUGUAAAGUAUAUGCUGUUCUUCAAAGCCGAUCAUGAGCCAAAGUGGGUGGCACCAUCGUUUCUGUUACUGGACGCAGUCUCAAAAGUGGCGACUUGCACCAGCAGAAAACUUAACAUGCACAUGAGCACUACAAGAACUUGGAGGUGGUACGAUUUGGUUACAGGAAAAUGGACCCAUUAUUCAACCAGCAACAACAAACUGAUAAAUGAAGCUUACUGGAAUGGAGAGCAAAGCAUCAGAGUUACUUGCGGACGGAAGCGUUACACAGUAACCUUUGCAAACAUGUUGCAAAUGAAUGACGAAACAGGGAAUAACAGACCAAUUACUAUGACGUUGAUGUCAUUCAAUCACCCUGCGUGUAUUGACAUAAACGCUCCAGAUUAUGAACCUUUGUACGCAGACUUGACAGAAAAGGAGGGCAAGAGAUGCACCCCAGUGCCUGGAUUGUCUUUAACUCAGAAGCAGGAAAUAGUCAAGACGUGCGUCAAGCUUAUGCACAUGCCAAUUGACAAGGAUCUGCUACACUCAGCUUUGCAGAUUUGUGUGAGAUUCACAAGAGAUUUCUCCGUUGCUAAAGUAUUUGUUGAAAGUGGAGGCAUCAAAUGCUUAUUAAAUAUGAAGCAAAUAAACGACUUUGGUGGCUUUGCUAUUCUAGCUACGAUUCUAAUCCGUCAUGCAUUAGAAGAGCCGUCCACGCUCAAAUACGCGAUGGAGAAGAUAAUACGAGGCAGGACCCUCUCGACAAUUCCCCCACCGUACAAAGACUUGAUAUACUUGGCCAGAAACGUCGGAGGUGCUAUAACUAGAGAUCCAGAAACGUUCUAUGAAGUCGCCUCCAACAUAAUGCGCGUUGAUAUAAACGUGAUGAAAGAAGAACCUGUUGAAGCGUCUCUACCUAUCAGAGUCGAACCACCUGUGCGUAGCAAGCCACCGCCCAUGGAAAGCACAGUGUCGAUCGGAGUUGUCUGGGAUCUACUGGAUGCCUUGUUGCGACCAUUGGAGGAACCCGUAGAGGACAAGCAUGCUGAAGCCAAGUUUGGUGGACAAAAAUUGAGAGUUGUGGUCCACGAAGGUCUUCCCAGCGGUUCCAGCACUACCAGUGGUACGAGCGCAAGUAAUAUGACGCAGCCUAGCAGCACAAGCGGUAUUUCAACAAGCGACAUCAGUUGCUUCGAAAGUGCUACAACUACAAGUAGCCAAGCAUCCCAGAACUCAGCAUCUCAAAGCUCAAGCAGUAAUAAUGAGAAUGCCAAAACGUCAGGGGAACCCAAAAAGACUGAGGCCAGCAAGAAACCCAUGUUGCCUAAAUCCGUAAUACUGAAGAUCUUGGCAGACGCCGUGGUAUCUUUUGGACCCAUUGCUAAACUGAUUACGGAAUAUAAAUACAGAGCAGGAUAUUCUGAGUUCAUAACAGAUGAUACAUCAGCUUUGGCGUUCAUUUUCGACAAGAUUUUACCCGGAGCAGACAACAUAUCCGACUCUGAUUGUUCGACAAUGUGCAGGAUGUUGAUAGCUGCAUUGGCUUCUUCUAACCAUUCUCCAGACGCACAAAUCACUUUAGUGUCCGAGGUGAAAGUAGCCCUCACUAGAGCAUUAUACUUACCAGAAUCAGCUGAGAAACAUACUCAAAUCCAGCAUAUAUGUGGGAUCAUUUCCACAAUGAUCGACAAUUGCCCACUACCACAUGCUAGCAGAUGGACCAGCGGAAGUAUAAAUAAUAUAGUGAAGCUGAUGAUUCGCAGAGGUGUCUUCAGUGAUCUAGCGAAGAUCACACAUUACCUGGACCUGUCAUCACCAAACACGUCUUUUACCGCCAAUGCAGCAUUGAAGCCUCUUGAGUCACUUUCAAGGGCUAUCAAUCAACCUGCACCAACCUCCACUCAGAAUAAGACAAAGAGGAAUCAGCACAGCAAUGAGGACAAUAAUGCUGUGCCAAGUGGUACCUCAACUGAAGCUACAAAUGCUCAGGGCGAGGAGAUCGAAGACGCAGAAAAUACCGAGCAUGAUAUUUCUGCAGUAGCAUCAAGCCUUGAAAACAAUGCAGUAGGAUCAGGAGAGCUCGAUAAUGCUCUAGAAGAGAUGAUGGAGCAUAUUUUGGAACACAGGAAUAAUGAUAACAGUCAAGGUUACAAUGAUGUGCCUUCGUCAAGAAACAAUACAAUGGAUAUAGAUGAAGAGUGCACCAUUGGUGGCUACGAUCAUGAAAGAGAUGCUACAGAAGAGCUAAUGAGCACCGAUUCAGGCGAAUCAGAUUCAAAUCCUUCCGAUCAAGUUGAUGAUGAAGGCAAUGACGAUAAUGAAGGGGACGACGAUAAUAUGGAUGAUACAGAAGAGAACGAGGAUACAAACUACGAUGAUGAGAAUAACGAACGGGAACGCCUUAGGGGUAGCUCUGGUAUGUUCCGUAUCGCAACAAACGACAGAGAUGAAGACAUACUCAUGAUUCAGUACGAUGCUGAUGGAGAAAGUGCCCUUCCAAGGAUGAUACGCUGGAAUGACAAUGGUUUUGCUGUCCCCCUUGUUGAUGAUUCUCCUAACGAUCAUACAGUGGUUACUCAUCCCCUGCUACUAUCGCAAUCUACAAGUGAUUCCAACCAGAAUCCACAUGCGAGAGCUCACAGAGCAAAUCGUGCUAGAAGGUACCAAUAUCUAUUUAGUCCAAGAAACCCAAAUCCACCAGUCAUCUUACAGAGACUUUUGGGUCCACAUGAUCCCCACGUGACCAACAUAAUGUCGAACAACCUCUUGGGAGGCCCAACUGAAAUCAGGGAAUCAGCUAGAGUUGUGGUGAUGGACAACUUUGGAAUAAUUCCGUCUAAUGAAGAACAAAUCGAUUUUGUAGACCAGUCCGGUUACUUAUUCGGACCUAGUCUUGCCGCUACUUUGAGUCACAUUCCGCCUGUCUUGCAUUGGUGGAAUAUCGAAUCUAAGCUGCUCGACUUAGAGUCUGUCAAUGACUGUACGAUUUAUGUGUGCAAUAAACUAGUGCCCAGUUUGAUAAAGCACAGAAACGAAGAAUUACGCAUCAAAAAGGCGAAAGAAGAUGAAGAAAAUGCGAAAAAGGAGAAACAGAAGUCCGGUACCGAACCUCAAGAUGAAUACAGCCAGGAGACGGUGCUCUUCAACUUCGAAGAGGCGGCCAACACAGCCAAUGAGAAUAAUGAGCAAAAUAAUGAAGAAGAAGAGGAGAACUAUGACAGAGUUCCAAUUCCAGAGACAGAUCGAGCAGAAACUUCUGCAAUUUCUGCAGACACUCCGGCUGAAAGAGAAGCAGAUGACGAGGAUAUAGAUGGCGUGCCAGUAGACCCUUCGAUUUAUCGUGUACCACUAGAAACCUCAGAAGCUUCGAAUGACAGAUCAGAAGGCAAUACUCAGAACGAUGACAUCGUCUUGUCGCCGCUCCAGAUGAGAUUUGAUCGAGGUUCAAACGAAAAUUCCCAAAGCAGCAUGUCCGAAGUCACCCACAACGCUGCCGUCCAAACUUCAGAGUCGUCUGAAAAUGUUCAAAGAACCGAGGAGAAUAGUAGACCAGAUUCGGAGAUUAGCAGGGAUAGUGAUUCUUCGAAUCCGUUUGAGAUGACCUUGCCAGCGUCCACUAGGCCAGUGAUGUUGCCUAGAGAUUUGCUGUCACAGCCUCCCAAUGAUAGCAUGCUACUUACUGAAGAAGAGACUGACACUCUGACGUCAAGACUACGCGAACAACUCAGAGACAGUUUACAUAAUCUUGAACAACCAGGUAGCAUCACGUUAAGAGCCUUCCUGGAUGACGCUGUGAAUUCACGGCUGCUACCACCUCAAUCAGAAAUGGAUGCUUUGGUUAUUCGUAUGGCUGGUGAAGCAACAGCUAACUUGGAAGAAGCUGUGCAGAAUAGCCUAGAUGAGAUGUUGCAGAGCAGCCUUGCUGAAGCCUUGACGCAUACUCUCAACGAAGCUAUUCAGAAUAACUUUGGAGACUCCAGCCUGAAUAAUUUCGAGACAGCUUCACACAGACAGGAACCAAUCCAAAAUCCCAACAUUGUGGAUGAAGCUUCGACCAGCACAACUGCUAACCAGGGCAGCGCUGCUGCAGACGCAACAUCUGCAGCUUCUGAUGCAAAUGCUCCAGGUGAAUCUGGUGAAGGAGACCACUCAUCUGCUGCACCACAAGCUCCAGGUGGAGCAGCUGCUAAUGAUAAUGGUAACCCACACGAUGAAGGUGCUGCAGCUGGCUUAGGAGAUGCAGGAACGCCAGGGGCUGUUACCGCGGCGGGACCAAGUAGCAGCGUGAACGAUGAUGAAAUACCUGAAGGUGUAGACCCGUCAUUUUUGGAGGCUCUGCCACCAGAAAUGCGCCGAGAAGUACUAGAGCAACAUAGAAUUCUGUGUCUGCAACAAAGAAUAGCAGCGAGUGCUGCAGCUAACGCUGCCAAUGGUAUGGCAUGUUAACUGUGUAAAGCCAAAUACUGCUAGUCAAUCUAGAAAGUCCUUUAAGCAUGUACUUUGUACAUUAGAUAUUUGGGAAGUUGGGUCACUUUCCGCUACAGCCAAUGUUUGCAUAUCUGGGUGAUUUACCUACCGAUCUGUAAGCGUUGUUGUUUGCCGGAGAGAAUGGCCUUUUGGGCCCCUGAGCAUGAAAAAGGUUUCUGGAGUGACCAACUUGUAUUUUAUUUUCUUUGAUUCCACUAGGGGGUCUUUUCCAUAAAGUACUUGCUGCACAGAAAUUAAUGUUUGCACUGGAAUGCUUAAAUACUAACGAAGGAUGUUCAUAACCCCAUAUCACCCUCACAUGUUUGAAAGCACUCCAUCACAUACCUUCACAGUUCAUCAUUAAUCAGCUGAAUAGUGGCAGUAACUUCCUUUAAAUGGAUUUGGGUGAAAGACAGUGCGAAAAAUGCAUGGCCAGUAGGAACUAUGAGGAAGUUUAAUAUAAUUUUGUAGUUGUUCUGUCCUGCUGGAGCUGACCAAAUAGUUUGUAGCAGUCUCAAUAGACUACUUAACUCAUAUCUAAUUUCAUAGAAUAAAUGAGUAUUUCUUACAGUAUUUGGCUUACGAAAAGGAAAUACAUAUAUCGAUUUCAAUUGCACUCUAAUCCACAGCUUUCUUGGGGUCUGUAUCGAUGUGUUUUUACAUUCUCGGGUGAUACAUAAACGAUAAUUACUAUAUUUUUCAUGUAAACUAGUAGACCCAUGUUUGUAUUCUUGAAAUUUUGAGAGGUUAUGCUGCUGUCAAAAGCUGUUUAGCGAUCGUAUGACGUCAGAGCACAUCAAUAUGGGCCAAACUUGGCGGACAACGUUUUUGCCUAUCUAAGUUUUGCGGUCUUUCAGGUCUGAAAAAAUAGUAUUAAUUUUGUUAGUCUAAUAAAGCAAUUAUUAACUAUUUCAGAGCUACUUAAAAAAGUGUCAAGUGGAAUAUUAUCAAUAAACUUGAAAGUUAUGCCCUGGUAAUUGGGUCAAACUAACGAGUGGUGUUGAAAAUAUACUUUUUUUAACACCUCAAUCGCGCUAGGUUACUCUUACAUCUUUGAAAGUACUUUAACAUUUCAAGGAAAAGGUCCUUGGCGAUAAGUAGGAGCUACAGAUGAAUUAAAUACCAUUCUGUUAUUUUGUCUUGUUGGAGCUAACGAAAUAUGUGUAGUUCGUUGAGGUCCCUAUUGGCAGUAAAAUCAAGAAUUAUGCUCUGAAUUGGAAAAGACCAGACUUUACAAAAAAAAAUGCAUGAUAAGUAGGAACUGCGAGAGAAUUGAAUAUUCUGUUGUUCUCUUGUUAAAGCUAACCUAAUAGUCUAGAAAUAUGCUUCAAACUGAGAAAAACUAAUGAGCUAAUAUCCUUUAACAACAAAAAUGCACUCUGGCACUCUGGCAGUGCAACAUUUCUCUAGUGCUACGCGGGAGUUGGAUGGUAUUCUGUUGUUAGUAUGCUAUAGCUAUCUUAAAUAUUUUGUAACCAUUUCAUGACUCACAUUUCAUCAGUUAUCAGCUGAACUGUAGCAAAAUGACGAUUGUGCUUAAAACUGUGGACGAAAAUAGGAGCUACGAGGAGUGGUGUAUCAUUCUGCUAUUGUUGUCUUGUGUUGUGUGAAACUAACAAAUAGUUUGUAGAAGGAAGGUCCCUGGCAAUAAGAUCAUGAAUUUUCUCCUGUAAUGUUGCACAUUGAUAAUGAUUAGAUCGAAAUGAUUAAUUCAUUAUUAUGAAUUCUUUGAGGUACUGCAUCAAAAUACAGUCUUUUCCAUCAAUGCUGGACACCAACAUGAUCAUUUUUUAACUUAUUGCUGGGAGCGUUGACCUGAUUGGUGACUAUAUGGGGAAAAAUACUCAUAAACAUGAAUUUUAGCUGCUGGUGCUGCAGGCGAAAACACAGAAGCUCCAUCUAAUGAAGUCAGCCCAGAAUUUUUAGCUGCCUUGCCUCCAGCAUUACAAGAAGAGGUAUUAACACAACAGCGACUUGAACAACAAAGGCAGGCAGCUGCUAGAGCAAAUCCCAAUGAGCCAGUUGAUGCUGGCGCUUUCUUUGAGACUCUUCAACCUUCAUUAAGAACUAUGAUCUUGUCUGACAUGGAAGAUUCCCAAAUGUCAGCUCUUCCUCCGGAUUUGGCUGCCGAAGCCCAGACACUCCGUAGAGAUUGGUACGCCCGCAACCGACAGAUGGCUCAACAGCGCUUGUUCCAAAGCAACCUGACUACAAUUUACCGUCAUUCAAGAGGAAGACAAUCCCUCAGAGCGACAAAUUUCCAACGUGGAGGCUGGAGCCAGUGGAAUAGAGACUUCCCGAAUAAUCCAACCCCAACCAGCGCCCAAAUGAAGAUACGUGGGAGGCAGUUACUGGAUCACGACGGAAUCUCUUGCCUGUUGAUCUUGCUGUUUACGGAUGACCCGCAUUUGAAUAAGCUGAGGCUGCAUAGAGUUAUUCGUAAUUUAUGCUAUCAUGGACCUACUAGGGAAUGGAUUAUAAAUGCCUUACUCUCCAUCAUUGAAAAAAGCGUGCAUACCAUACCGGACGAGAACUUGAACAAGCCUUCAAGAAAAGGGCCAAAACCGGGACCGUUGAGUAGCAAAUUGGUGACCGACUCUAAGCACCUCCAAAAUGGUGGUCACUGGCUGACAAUUCGCACAGAAGCAGCUCUUGGAUGCGCAGCGAACGUAUUUAUAGUGAAUAAAACAACCGGCAAGAAAUGCGACAAGCCGAAUGGAUCUAGCGUAAUAGCAAUCCAUCCUCAAGCGGCACCAAUAAUCUGUAAAAACACCCUGGAUCUGUUCACGUCUCUAGCUAAAGCAUUCCCCUCUUGCCUAUUACCGCUGAAAUGCAUUAGAGAUGACAAUGACAAGAACAUCGUCCAGCCGAUCAAAGUCAAAUCUGAUAGCCAGUCAGAUUUCUGGGAUGUCUUGCUGCGAUUGGACUCUGCCACAAAGAAGGGCAAGAGCAUCCAGAAGAACAAUUCAUCCAGCAACAACUUGGAUAGUGAUCCAAUUGUUACGUUCGACCAGACUGUCUUCGGAAAGCUGCUGAACAUGCUUGCUUCACCUGUUGUCAACAGCAACACCCAGCUGACAGACAAUUUACUGAAAUUGUUGUCCGUGACCACAUCGGGCAUGCCGGAGUUAGUGAAGCCCCACAAGAGUGGUAAGGUCAAGAAUCAAUUGCCAGAUAUGAGUGCAAACCCCCCAACCCAUGCUUUAAGCUUAGCCGUUAAUGUGAUAACCUACAAGAACUGCUCCGAAGAAGGUCUGGAGUUCAUCACAAAUCUACUGUUGAACCUAGCAAAUUCUUCCUUAGACAUGAGCUUUUUGAUACUGACGCUUCUUCUGAACGGUGCCAUAGAGAUUGGUAGCAUCGUCGAAAACCAGAUUAAAGACAUGCUAAAAGAUCUGAAAGAUCUCAUUGUAAAUUCGCAAAAGCGUAAGGUAGAAGAUGGACCUUCUACCUCUAAGGGGGUAAUAGUCAACAGAUUCACUAAUGAACAAGUUGUUGUCACAGCCUCGACCAAGGUUAAGACAGCAUGUGAGCUUCAAUUGCCCUCGAUGGUGCCUUUAACGUCAAAGUGUUCCAGUCAAACAUUCUUCUUGAGGGUUCUAAGAGUGAUUGUACACAUUAGAAACUCUAUAAAGAACAAUUUGAAAAAAUCUGAUACCUGGGCGCACGAGAUGCCUGCCUUGAGUGAACAGUUGGGAAGCCUCAAAAACCUUUGGGAUACCCUCAGCGAGUGCCUUUUGGAAUUGGAACAUGCUCCAGAUCAUCAUGCUGUGCUCGUUUUGCAGCCUGCUGUUGAAGCAUUCUUCUUAGUCCAUUCGCCUCAACAAGGACCCAUUAAACCCAAAGAGAGACAGCCUGACCGACAACUCGAUGAAGAGGAGCUGAUGGCUGACAACAAUGAGCCUGAGCAGCAGGAUCAGCCCGCAGAACAAGAGCAAGUCCAAGCUCAGGAGCAACAACCUACCCAAGACGGACAGGAUCAAGAAACGGCGCCGCAGGCUGCCCAACCUCAACAGCCUGAUCAUAGAGAAGACAAUACUACUGCGCAGAUCGAUAUGUCUGAGACUGUUCAUCAGGAACAUGUAAGAUUGGCAGAGGCUAAAUCUCGUGCUAGUGUGCCUCCUGACCAGCAACAGUUCCUUCAAUUUGCCGAAAAGCACCGAACAGUACUCAACCAGAUCCUGAGACAGAGUACCGCGCAUUUAGCUGACGGUCCAUUCGCGGUGCUUGUUGACCAUACCCGAAUUCUCGACUUCGAUAUAAAACGCCGAUACUUCAGAACAGAACUGGAGCGAAUGGAUCAUGGCAUUAGAAGAGAAGAGACGGCUGUGCACGUGAGAAGAAGUAAUAUAUUCGAAGAUUCCUUCAGAGAAUUAUUUAGAAGGCCUCCUGAGGAGUGGAAGAAUCGAUUCUACAUUGUUUUUGAAGAUGAGGAAGGUCAAGACGCAGGCGGUCUCUUAAGAGAGUGGUAUGUGAUAAUAUCAAGAGAUAUCUUCAACCCAAUGUAUGCCUUGUUCACGGUAUCCCCUGGAGACAGAGUGACAUACAUGAUCAACUCUGCAAGCCACUACAAUUCUAACCAUCUUUGCUACUACAAAUUUGUUGGAAGAGUCAUUGCCAAAGCAAUAUAUGACAAUAAACUUCUGGAGUGCUACUUCACAAGAUCUUUCUAUAAGCACAUCUUAGGCAUACCUGUCAAAUACACUGAUAUGGAAAGUGAAGAUUACAGCUUCUAUAGGGGAUUAAUUUACCUCAUAGAGAAUAACAUUAACAACUUAGGUCUUGAUCUAACAUUUAGUACCGAAAUUAGCGAGUUUGGCGUGACUGAAACCAGAGAUUUGAUACCCAAUGGCCGCCAUAUAAAUGUCACAGAAGAGAAUAAGAUGGAGUAUGUUAGGUUGGUUUGCCAAAUGAAGAUGACCGGAGCUAUAAAACAACAAUUGAACUCUUUCUUAGAAGGCUUUUACGAUAUUAUUCCUAUGCGCCUAAUCUCCAUAUUCAAUGAGCAAGAAUUGGAGUUACUGAUAUCUGGAUUACCAAAUGUUGAUAUAGACGACCUCAAGGCUAACACAGAAUACCACAAGUACCAGACUAAUUCACUACAGAUCCAAUGGUUCUGGAGAGCUUUAAGAUCAUUUGAUCAAGCAGAACGAGCCAAGUUCUUACAGUUUGUAACAGGAACAUCUAAAGUACCCCUUCAAGGGUUUGGAGCUCUAGAAGGCAUGAAUGGAGUGCAAAAAUUCCAAAUUCACCGAGACGAUCGUUCCACCGAUCGGCUACCAUCUGCCCACACUUGUUUCAAUCAGCUGGACUUACCUGUCUACGAGACCUAUGAUAAGUUACGAGCCUACUUGUUAAAGGCGAUCCACGAAUGCUCUGAAGGCUUUGGCUUUGCCUAAAAGUUAAUUAUUUCAAUGUUGUUUAAGACUGAUGUGUUAUUUUUCCUUUUGUUGUAUAUAAACGUUUGUAUAUGUUUGCAUAUAAAUAUAUACACACACAUAUAUACUGGUAGGCAGUAGUUUUUGUGUACAUACAAAAGUAUAAUCUAAAUGUUAAGUGUACAGAUUUAUCUGUGUAAAAAAACUACUUCGUAUUUUAUCCGGAAAUUUUGUUCAAACUGUGGGUUAAGUGCUUGAGUUACUUACAAAGUUUUGUAAAUUUACUAAUAGGGAGGUAAUGUAUUUUUGUAAAGGGCCUUAAGGCAUUCGAGUGUGAUACAAGCUGAAUUUGAUAGUCAGAUUCAUAAUAUAUUACUAUUAUUUUAGUGAUUUCACUGUAUUAAACCUUUCCUCGCUAUACUUUUGUACAUUGGAUCUGUUAAUCCCUACGUUUUUUAUUUAUGUUUCUGGCAAUUACGUGUUUGAUUAGUCAACCUGUAAUAAAUAAAAUUUGUGUUUAUUUAAAUAAAUGUUUCUCAAAU